AUUUGACGUCGCUCUUUUAUCACUGCUUCAAUUCAACCCGCUUUCCAUCUCCUAACAUCACCACCCAUCAAACCCAUCCAGGGGCAUGAUGCAUAAUUGGAUCACUAUUCAAACAUUCAUAGCGCACACACCCGCACAGUAGCUGUGAAUUGAGAUGGGAUUUUUUCCGCCCAUUUUUUAUUCUGUUUGUGUUAAUUGAAUAAAUGGGGUUGCUGUAAUUACAUGGGCGUGCCCGAUGCCGAGUAGAGUUCAAACCAAAGCCGGCUCUUCUCCCAACUCCUUUUCAUUUUCACUGUACACACCCAGUCAAUCAAUCUAUCUCACACGAAACCUCGCCUAUUCGCCUACCACCCUCGCCCUCGUCUCUUCAACAUCCUGUAUUCGCAGUUCUACACGUUCUUCUACUUCCCCUCUCUCUCUCUCUUUCUCUGCCUUCUUCUUCGUUUUUCACCUACCCGAUCGGGGGGAAGGUUCUGUGGACUGACCCAUGACGUGAUUUCUUUGUGACAAUUCGAUUGGAUUGGGUUGUGAGUUUGUGAUCGAGUCUGGGAGCCUUUGAGAUCAAUUCUUCCAUUUCCUUUUGUGUUUUUGGGGUGUAGUAGAAGGAUUUUGAAGAUUGGGUUUUUGAUUUGAGGAUAUGGGCUGUUUUCCCUGUUUCGAUUCGAGGGAAGAGGAGAAGCUGAAUCCCGAAAAGGAAAGCGAUGAUGGUAAGCAACACCAUCCAAUGAUUCCACCCAACAUUGCCAAAUUGCCUUCUGGAAUAGACAAACUUAGAUCAAAAGGCAAUGGUGGUUCCAAAAGGGAACAGCAGAAUCCCAAGGAUGGGCCUCUUGUCAAUAUUUCUGCUCAAACAUUCACUUUCCGGGAGCUUGCAAUCGCAACCAAGAAUUUUAGACCUGAGUGUUUUAUUGGGGAAGGAGGAUUUGGACGUGUAUACAAAGGGCGCCUCGAAAGCUCAGGCCAGAUUGUUGCUGUAAAACAGUUGGAUAGGAAUGGUCUUCAAGGAAACAGAGAAUUUCUAGUGGAGGUUCUCAUGCUUAGCCUUCUACAUCAUCCAAAUUUGGUGAAUCUGAUUGGUUACUGUGCAGAUGGGGAUCAACGGCUUCUUGUAUAUGAGUUCAUGCCUUUGGGAUCAUUGGAAGAUCAUCUUCAUGAAAUUCCACCUGAUAAGGAACCCCUAGAUUGGAACACAAGAAUGAAAAUAGCUGCUGGUGCAGCCAGAGGUUUAGAGUACUUGCAUGACAAGGCAAACCCUCCAGUUAUUUAUAGAGACUUCAAAUCCUCCAAUAUAUUACUUGAUGAAGGAUACCAUCCAAAGCUUUCUGAUUUUGGCCUUGCCAAGCUUGGCCCUGUUGGAGAUAAAUCUCAUGUUUCCACCAGGGUCAUGGGAACUUAUGGUUACUGUGCUCCCGAGUACGCCAUGACCGGACAAUUGACCGUCAAGUCUGAUGUUUAUAGUUUUGGUGUUGUCUUCUUAGAGUUGAUAACUGGACGGAGAACCAUUGAUAGCACCCGGCCCCAAGGCGAACAGAACCUUGUCACAUGGGCACGCCCAUUUUUUAAUGACCGCAGAAGAUUCUCAAAAUUGGCUGAUCCACAGUUGCAGGGGCGGUAUCCCAUGCGAGGUCUGUACCAGGCUCUAGCUGUGGCAUCCAUGUGUACCCAAGAACAGGCUGCAGCCCGUCCGCUGAUUGGAGACGUGGUCACUGCCCUGUCAUACUUGGCAAAUCAAUCCUACGAUCCAAGUUCUCCUUCAGGUACUGCUGCUGCUGCUCAGAGAGGUUCUGGUGAUCGGGACGAAAGACGGAACAGAGACGAGAAAGUUGCAGUAAAGAAUGAAGACGGGGGAGCAUGUGAACGAAGGUGGACGUUGGAUGGUCCGGGGAAGGACGAGUCCCCAAGGGAGAAUGGUAGGAUUUUGAAUAAGGAUUCAGAGAGAGAACGUGCAGUGGCUGAGGCGAAGAUGUGGGGAGAGAAUUGGCGAGAAAAAAGGCGACAGAGCGCACAAGGCAGUUUUGAUGGUUCGAAUGGGUAAGUAAUGGAGUUAGAGGAAGAGAUGCACAAGGCAUGAGCAGGUCUGUUACCUUGUCUCCUUCCUUCCUUCCUUCCUUCCUUCCUUCCUUCCUUCAUUCCUGCACUAUGUUUGGUUGGGUUGGUCGGGGAAGAACGGAAUAAGUUGGAAUGUUAGGAGGGCUUAUUCAGGCUUCUAUAUCAUCAUGGUGAGCAGCAAGGCAAUUGAUGUAGGGGUUGGGUUGUUCCUUGGGGACUUGGUCAGUACUUUUUCUGAACUUUGUUGGGUUAAAAUUUUCCUGUUUUAUGAAUUCCAUUAACCCUACACAUGAGGAAGAAGAAGAAGAAGAAGAAGAAGAAGUAAAGGCAAGCAUGGUGGAGGAGACUGUAGAAAGAGAGACUGAGAAUGAAGGAAAAGGAAAAAUAAUUGAAAAGGUGAGGGUCGGGUUGUUUGAUUUGCUUAUGUCCUGUAUGAUCAACUCUGCAGAGUACAACCAAAAGAGAUGCACAAAACUAUUUGAAUCAGCCAAUUUUGGUA